AUGGAUAAAUUACCUAAUGAGAUAUUGAUGGAGAUAUUUAAUCAUCUUUAUGAUAUUAAUGAAUCUUUAUUUAAAUGCGUUAUGACAUCAUGGAUUUGGGCUAAUAUUGCGAUUCCAAUAUUAUGGCAAGAUCCAUUUAAGAAAUACAAAAAUGAAGUAAAUAUAAAGGAAAGAGAAAUAAGAAAAUCUGAGUUAGAAAUUAUGAAAAUAAAAUAUAAUUUAAAAAUUUCAUAUCGAAAUAUUAGUGUUGAUACAGUGUUUGGUAAUAAUUUUAUUGAUAUAUCAUAUCAUGAUAUUAAAUUUGAAAUAUAUUAUCAUAGAGAUGGAAAAUAUAUUGAUAUAGAGUAUGGUGAUUAUCCUUUUUAUUCUUAUUUUUAA